AUGCAAACAAACUCUACUCAAUACCGUGCCCAAGCCUGUGCGAUAAAUGUAAUACUGCUCCUAAUCCUGAUGAGUCAGCAAUGCAAUCCCCAGAGAGUGGAGGUGCCAGCUGAAGUAAUCGUUGAUCCCAAAUUUAGUUCUCCAAUUGUGAAUAUGACAGCGCCCGUGGGACGUGAUGCCUUCCUCACAUGCGUCGUUCAGGACCUGGGUCCUUACAAGGUAGCGUGGCUGCGGGUCGACACCCAGACAAUCCUCACUAUACAAAAUCAUGUUAUAACGAAAAAUCAACGCAUUGGCAUUGCCAACUCUGAACACAAAACCUGGACAAUGCGCAUUAAGGACAUUAAAGAGUCGGACAAAGGAUGGUACAUGUGCCAAAUCAACACGGACCCGAUGAAAAGCCAAAUGGGCUACCUUGAUGUUGUGGUACCGCCGGAUAUCCUAGAUUAUCCUACGAGCACGGACAUGGUCGUUCGCGAGGGCAGUAACGUGACGCUCAAAUGCGCCGCUACCGGUUCGCCAGAGCCGACAAUUACAUGGCGACGUGAAAGUGGAGUGCCCAUCGAGCUGGCCAGCGGAGAAGAGGUCAUGAGUAUCGAAGGCACUGAUCUAAUAAUUCCGAACGUAAGACGUCACCAUAUGGGGGCCUACCUCUGUAUAGCUUCUAACGGAGUUCCGCCCUCGGUGAGCAAAAGGAUAACGCUCAUUGUGCACUUCCCACCAAUGAUCACUGUACAAAACCAACUUAUUGGAGCUGUAGAGGGAAAAGGAGUUACUUUGGACUGCGAGUCUGAGGCCUUUCCGAAGUCGAUUAAUUACUGGACCAGGGAACGCGGAGAGAUUGUGCCACCAGGUGGCAAAUACUCUGCAAAUGUCACGGAAAUUGGUGGAUAUCGCAAUUCAAUGCGGCUUCACAUAAAUCCCCUUACACAGGCCGAAUUCGGGGCUUAUCGGUGCGUGGCAAAGAAUUCCCUUGGCGAUACGGAUGGUACAAUUAAGCUGUAUAGAAUACCCCCAAAUGCGGUCAACUAUGUGGAGAACUUUGAGGCCAGGCACAAAGGCAAGAAGCGAACGAAAGGCUCGGAGUCCCAUCAUCCGGCAAGGGCCCAGGAGCACAGUGGCGAGGAUACGGAAAAUCCAGGAAAAAGAAAAGCCGAUUUGAGUCUGAGUGCGGAGAGUAUCGACAGCAUUUACGGAUCCUCCGCAGCAGGGACUCGGCGGCAGGACCUCGGCGGUCUGCUCGUCCUGCUCCUGCCAAUGGCAGUGGCCCUAACCAUGGUACUUGCGACGGACGGAGUGAUGAGGAAAACUCAGAUGACACUGCCGCCACAAACACUGACGCAUGUUUGACACAGACGCCGAGUUGACAUGGACAUGGAGUCGACGCUAAAUCUGAACUUGCAGCCGGAUCUGGAGCUCCAGUUGGACCAGAAUCUGCAGUCUGUGGCAGCACAAUGAUGAUUGAGUUUGUCAAUGCCAAACGCUGCUUGGCGCUGAUUUAUGGCUCGUUGCGGCUGCUUUUAGUUAAAGUUUGUCAACGCGGCAUUACAUAUAUCAAUGCCAUGGUUCAGUGCGCAUCUGUAGCCAGUAAGUUAACUAGGCUUCCUAAUUCCCAAUCGCUGUUGGAUUCUAGUUAAGGUUCUAGUUUCGGGCUUCAGUGCAAACCUUGUAAAAUAUCGCAGAUUGCACAUGUACAUAGACGUAUUGCAAGGUUUUUGUAUAACUCUAGCAUGUAAAGAAAUGGCAGUUGGCAUGGGGUUAUGUAUUAUAUAGAGUUUGUAAAAACCAGCUGUGGGCAUAAGGAGUUAUAUUAUAAUACCUUUUCAUUUAUGUUUAUUUAGUUUUCAAAGUCUUCGAAAAAGAAAAAGAAUACUUUAAAAAUUAUUAAGGUAAAAACUACCUUAUACGGUAUACGUAGCUAUAUCGCAAAACUGCAAACCGAAAUAAAUAUCCGCCAAAAGCUUAACAGCUUUAAUGUAUAAACACAAUGUAUGUAUUAAUUAGCUCAGCAAAUGGCUGUGUUUCUCAAAAACUUUAACCUUUAAAAAUGCUAAAAUUAAAUGUUCUUUACCUCGCUUCAUUGCUCCUGAAAUUUAAAAUGUUUAACAAUGUUUAACUCUUUUUACCAAUUUAAUCACCGUUCUAAAAUUAAAAUAAAUUUAAUGCGAUUUCUUUUUGGUUUCAUUUCAACAAACAAUCAAUAUUAAUAAAGAAAAAAAGAAAAAACAACAACGGAAAUACAUUUCAGUUAUUUAAAGGUAAUAUAAAAAGUACUAUACAGGCAGUAAAUUUAAUGCGAAAAUUAAUCUCACGAUUAAGUGCGAAUAAAGCUCUAUUUAAUAUAGCUAAAUGUAUAUUUCCAGACAAAAUUGAAUUGUUACAAAAGCAAAUUAUAUCAGUUAUGUUUACAUUGCUAUUAUAAACACAUACAUACAUUUGUCAAAUAUCAAUAUUAAUGAAUAUUUGUAAGCAUCACAUGUACAUGACAGUGUAAGCGAAUUGCCGAAUCGACAGGAAUAUUUAUAAAAUAAAUA